UAUAUAUUGAGAAUAGAUGCAGCGAAGUAAAAAAAAAGAAAAACAGUCUACUUACAAGACAGGCUAAGAAGAGAUGGAACAUGUUCUGCUCCUCAUUACCAUUUUAUUGUGUUUGGCUUUCUCCGGGAGAUGCAUCGAUGCUUACAGCAGGAAUGAUUUCCCGAAGGGAUUCCUAUUCGGAUCGGCCUUUUCUGCUUUUCAGUGGGAAGGAGCGGUUGAUGAAGACGGGAGGAUGCCUAGCAUAUGGGAUACAUACAUUCGCUCUAAUAACGCACCUAGCGGAGAUAUAGCAUGUGAUGGGUAUCAUAAAUAUAAGGAGGACGUAAGGCUGAUGUAUGACAUGGGUUUAGAUGCAUUCCGACUCUCCAUCUCGUGGUCGCGACUUAUACCAGGUGGAAGAGGACCUGUGAAUCCAAAGGGUUUACUAUUCUACAAAAACCUCAUUGAUGAGCUCACAAGACAUGGAAUUGAACCGCAUGUUACGUUGUAUCACAAUGAUCUUCCUCAGGCUCUUGAAGAUGAAUACGGAGGAUGGAUUGACCGCAGAAUCAUCGAUGACUUCACAGCUUUUGCAGACGUUUGCUUCAGAGAGUUAGGGAACAAAGUGAAAUUCUGGUCAACAAUUAAUGAACCCAAUAUGUCAGCAUUGGGAGGUUACGACUUGGGAUUUAUGCCUCCUGAGCACUGUUCUGCUCCAUUUGGACAUGUCAACUGUUCCAGAGGAAACUCCUCAACUGAGCCAUAUAUUGCGGUCCAUAACAUGUUGCUUGCACACGCAUCUACAGCGAGAUUGUACAAGCAAAAGUAUAAGGGUGAACAGAAUGGAUCAGUUGGUAUGACAUGCUUUUCAUACUGGGUAGUUCCUUUUAGUAGCUCAAAAGAGGACGAGAUGGCAACUCAGAUAGCCAAAGAUUUCUUUUUAGGCUGGAUUUUGCACCCACUGGUGUUUGGGGACUAUCCAGAUACGAUGAAGAGACUGGUGGGCAAGAGAUUGCCAAGUUUUUCGGAAGAAGAAACAAAAGUCGUUAAAGACUCGUCUGACUUCAUAGGAGUCAUACACUAUACUACAAUGACCGCCGCACACGUAUCCACUUUCCAACAAGGGGAUUUUAGUGCAGACAUGAAUGCUUUAGUUAGCCCCUUUGGGAAUUCUACACUGGUCAAGUAUGAUGUGCUACCAUGGGGUCUUGAAGGAGUGUUGGCAUACAUAAAGGAGAACUAUGGCAAUCCACCUGUCUACAUUCUUGAAAACGCUAAAUACUACAACCAGGUCAAUCCACCAACCACUAUUCAUCACUUGACGACGUGGAAAGAGUUGAAUACCUUCAGGCUUAUAUCGGUGCUGUACUUGAUUCAGUGAGGAAUGGCUCAAAGACGAAAGGCUACUUCCAGUGGUCGUUUAUGGAUUUGUACGAGUUUCUUGAUACCAAUUACACAUAUGGAUUAUACUAUGUGAAUUUCAGCGAUCCGGAACGUAAAAGGUCUCCGAAGACCUCUGCCUUUUAGUACUCUGCUUUUCUCAAAGGGAUGGUCGUUGGUUCACAAGACCCGAAAAACGUCUCCGUAUCUUCUUCUACUGGCUUUUCUUCUCAGUAAACUAAAGAUUGAAGAACGGUUUGGUUUUCUUUAUUCAACAAUGGAUGUUAAGCAUGUGCGCCAAUAAAUAAAGGAAAGUUUUCCCAUGAAAGUAGAAUGUAUUCUGCUAGUUCUUAAGCAUAUAUAUAUAUAUAUAUAUAUAUGUUUUUGAAAUAAUCUUGGUAGGGAUUAAAAGCUUAAGUGGUCAAUUAUAAAAGCAAUCUUUAAUAUA